AUGCAUUAUCUACCAGCAAUUUCUAUCGCGUUUCUCGGCUCUCUUUUCUUGAUUGUUGAAUGUAAUGCGAUAAGCAUAUCUGACGAAACCAAUCAUGGAAAUCUUGAUUGCUCAAAAUUUACACGAGAUCUGGAUGUACUUCGGUCUUUUUCAUAUGCGGUUCAAUUAAAUCCACUUAUUACAACUGGCAAGACCUACGCCAUUAUGAAUGCUGCUAGUAAAGUUGAAGAACUUAGUAUUCACCAUCAAAUUAAUUUACCACUUGAUGUUUUCUGCCUCGUUAAUUUACAUACAUUAAGAGUCAAUAGCACUCCAUUUGUUCCACAAUAUGAAUUAGAUGAUGAUAGCAUAUCCAUUGGUCUAUCUCCCUUAGUUAGUCGUCUCACUCGUUUACGUGUUCUGUCACUCAUCAACACAACAGCAUCUUAUAUUCCUCCUCAAGCAUUAGCUGUAUUAACAAAUAUGACUGUACUCGAAAUCGAAAGUUGUGGCCUAUAUGAAAUACCAUCUACAAUUUCAUUGCUGACAAAACUUCAGGAGCUUCGAUUGCCGAAGAAUCAUUUGCGUUCAGCACCACAUAGCACUGCAUUCAAGCAAAUGUCUAAACUUACGCAUCUCGAUUUAUCACACAACUACAUUACAGAUAUUGCUGAUAUAGGCGACAUACCAUCAAGAGUAGUUGCCACUAUGGAUUUUUCCUACAAUCAAAUUGAACACAUACCACCAGAAAUUGGCAAGUUCCAUUAUGAACUUUAUUAUCUUUAUCUCAAUGACAACAAACUUGCUUAUAUACCGACUGAUAUUUUCCUUUUGAAAUAUCUGAGAAGAGUUGAUUUGCAAAGAAAUCCAUUUCCUGCGGAUGAAAUAAAGGCAAUCAAAACGAAAUUUCAAUCCACUAUUUCCAAUGGUCUCCUAACGAUUUAG